AAGGCAUGCACAGUGCCAAAAAUAAAUUUUCGCUUAAUCUUUCGGAUAUAUCCAUUCGUAGGCUAGAUAAAGCUUUUGCAUCAGCCUUCACAUUACAUGAAGCGCACGGGAUAUUUGCAGCCAAAGUGACUCAUAUCUAGAUCAAUUAGUAGCCUAGAAUGUUUAUUUCCGCUAGAUUAUUCAGUGCUGCUGCUAUACACGAUUGACGUUGCCGAUAGUUUAGUCGUGUGCUGUGCCACCCAGAGAGGGAGAGUUGCAUAUGCGUCGCACCAAAGAGAAUCACCCAGAGCAGACCCGCCGCCGUCAAAAGUCUCGCCAGUCUCUCACAGCCUUGCGCCUUACAGGGGUAUGUGCACGGAAUCCGCGCAACCUCAAAGCGUCUGUUUAACGAACCUGGAUUUCAAUUAGAACCUGCUUGCUGCAGCCUCCGAAUUCUAGUUAGAGAGUUCCUGUCGGAAAGAGGGUGGGAGGCCGGGGGUUCGUUGCUGAUGCAGUGAAGAUUGCGUUUAUCUCGUAUUAUCUGCUAGCACAGUUCAUAUCUUUGUGCUAACACAACGCUGGGGGCAUCUGUGCGCUGGAUGACUCUAGCCUGCUUCGCGCUUCCGUGUGACAUAAUUCGAGUGCCUAAUUUGAAUUGAAACUUGAGAAGGAUGAUCGACUCUCCAGCUCCCGACCCCUGUCCGGUCCCAGACCCCACUGUGGUGGAUCCCUCGGCUCGCAACGGACAGUGUGUCUCUCCAAAUGAACAUCCACCCAAAACGGAUAACCAAGGAGACCCCUUCACCAUGGACCAGGAGAUGAAAAUAAGCGACAGCGUCGAGGGCCAAGGUCUCCUGGAGAGCAGCAUGCGCCUGAAACCUCACGAGGCGCAGAACUAUCGCAAGAAGGCGCUGUGGGUGUCGUGGGUCUCCAUCGUGGCGACGCUCAUCCUGGCGGUGGCCGCUUUCACUGUUUCCAUUAUGAGGCACAGUGCUUCAGCCUUUGGAUUUGCUUUUGAUGCCACCUUGGACGUGCUGUCCUCCAUCAUCGUACUAUGGCGCUAUAGCAACGCGGCCGCCGUGCACUCCGCCCACCGGGAGUACAUAGCAUGUGUGAUUCUGGGGGUGGUGUUCAUCCUGUCCUCCCUGUGCAUUCUGGGAAAAGCCAUCCAUGACCUGGCCACCAAGUUGCUCCCUGAAGUGGAUGAUUUCCUCUUCAGCGUGUCCAUCGUGAGUGGCAUCAUAUGUGUCAUCCUGGCCGUGCUCAAGUUCAUGCUGGGGAGGGUACUGACCAGCAGGGCCCUCAUCACCGACGGUUUCAACUCCCUCGUCGGGGGCAUCAUGGGAUUCUCCAUCCUCAUCAGCGCAGAGGUUUUCCGGCACCAUCCGGCAGUCUGGUACCUGGAUGGGACAGUGGGCGUCCUGAUUGGCCUGAUCAUCCUGGCUUAUGGAGUAAAGCUGCUGCUGGACAUGGUUCCCCGGGUGAGACAGACGAGGAACUACGAGAGGUUCGAGUGAGAGUGGGACCCCAGCGCUUGGAGCGUGGUGCUUGGUGGGGCGGGGCCCUAUCCAAGCCCCGCCCCCUCAGGCACACACAUGGAAAGAGACUCAGAGGACAAGUAUAGACCUUAAGGUGCCAGUGGUAUUUCAGUUCAAACCUCCCACUGUCUGUAUCUUUAACCCCAGCUGUGUUAUUUAUGGUUAUGAACUGAAGAGGAGAAGUUGAGAAGGAAGGGCCUCACCUUUCAUUCUCCGCCCAUGCAAAGGUGGGUGGAGCAUGUGGGGUGGGCGGAGCAUGCGGGGUAUGGGGCAGAGCGUUGUUUCACCUCGAUGGUCUCCUUCAGCUCCCAAUGUCCCCGCUUCAGAAAGCCACCAUUGCCCCCUCUGUGAUGCUCUCCAAACGGUAGCCUGAGCUGCCGGUUAGCCACACUGAAACCGUGUUCUGGCCACUGCAAUCGAAACAGGCUGCUUGUCCUGCGGUCACUUGCGCUUCUGGUGUUUUUUUGUUCCGACAAAACGGCCCAUUCUACAUCCUUCCCGGCUCAAAGUAUUUAACGAGUUUGUCUCAUUUGCACGGUUUUAGAGGUGGACUGGUGUGAAAGACAUAACUGAUGAUGAGUUUGAUCAUUCACAAGUUGUUAGCUAGGCUAGUUAGCCCCAUGAAAAAGGCCUUAACAGGGUACUGUCCAGUCUUUCCCCAGUACUGACUAGAAAUAGUUUAUUUUACAUUGUUUGAGAUGACUAUAUUAAUGUAUAAUAAUUAACAUCUUUUGAGAUGAUUAUAUUAAUAAUGUAGAAUACUUAAUAUAUUUGAGAUGCUUACAUUAAUGAUAUAGAACACAGUAUUUUUAGAUGAUUAUAUUAAUGAUGUAGUCCAUUGUGAAGGAGGUACCUGUGGCCGCAGUGUAGGGUAGGUAUAGAAAUCCACCUGUGUGGAAUCAACAUCAGGUGGUCUUACCUGUGUUUAAGACCCAAGGAAACUGUACCAACCUCCUUUUCCAGGCAUCCUUGGGAAAUCUCUAAACGGGAAAGAAGCACAGAACGUUGACAGGAAUGUGUUG